GAGCCCUCUGAUUGGCUGCUGCGGGAGAAUUCCCAUCAAACGCUUUUCCCGACGUCACGUCGCAUAUAAAUGUCCCUGUGACUCCUGUUGAAGAUGUUCAUGUAACAGUAGUUAACGUUAGUUAACUGCAGGCUCCUUCGCACGCCACAGCAAAGAAAAGGACUCCCACAGAAGGCGAGGACAUGUAUAACUCAGUCUUCCUCGUGCUGCUCGGCCUGAGUCUGGGGCUGGUAAGGGCAUUUCCCUCCCAGCAGCCAGACAGUGGGAAAAACUGGGUGGUUAUCGUGGCUGGCUCCAAUGGCUGGUACAACUACAGACACCAGGCCGAUGCUUGCCAUGCCUACCAGAUUGUCCACAAGAAUGGCAUCCCCGAUGAGCAGAUUGUGGUUAUGAUGUACGAUGAUUUGGCACAGAAUGAGGAUAACCCCACCCCUGGGAUAUUGAUCAACAGGCCGAAUGGCACAGAUGUGUACAAGGGAGUUCCUAAAGACUACAUUGGGGACGAUGUGACCCCAGAAAACUUCCUGGCAGUGCUGAAGGGUGACUCCUCAAAAGUCAAAGGUGGAUCUGGAAAAGUGUUGAAGAGCGGCCCCAACGAUCAUGUGUUUGUGUACUUCACCGACCACGGAGCGCCUGGUAUUCUGGCCUUUCCUAAUGAUGAUCUCAAUGUUAAAGACCUCCAAGAAGCCAUUAAAUACAUGCAUGAAAAUAAGAAAUACAAAAGGAUGGUGUUCUACAUUGAGGCAUGUGAGUCCGGGUCGAUGAUGAACCAUCUGCCUGUUGACAUUAACGUGUACGCCACCACAGCAGCCAACGCUCAUGAGUCCUCUUACGCCUGCUACUACGACGAGAAGAGGGACACGUACCUGGGAGACUGGUACAGCGUUAACUGGAUGGAGGACUCCGAUGUGGAGGACCUGAAAAAAGAAACUUUGCUGAAGCAGUUCAAGAUUGUAAAGAGCCACACAAACACCAGCCACGUCCAGCAGUACGGAAACAAGACUAUGGCCCACAUGAAGGUUGUAGCAUUUCAGGGUAACCCCAAGGCAAACACCCAACCCGCUCCAAUGACCCUGCAGCCAGUUACAAAUCUGGAUCUGACCCCGAGCCCUGACGUUCCUCUGGCCAUCCUCAAGAGGAAGAUGAUGGCCUCCAAUGAUAUCAGAGUUGCAAGGGGGCUGCUGAUGGAGAUCAACUCCCACCUCAAGGUCAGGGAGAUGCUGGCUGAGACUAUGCGCAAAGUGGUUGAGAGCGUGACCGGCAAUAGGCUCAAGGCCGAGGACGUUCUCAACGAAAGAGCCGAACUGUCCCAGUAUCAGUGCUACAAGGCUGCAGUCAACCACUACAAACAUAACUGCUUCAACUGGCACAGAACUGAGGUAUAUGAAUACGCUCUGAGACAUCUGUACGCUCUGGUGAACCUGUGUGAGAGAGGAUACCCUGCAGAGAGCAUCCAGCUUGCCAUGGACUCUGUGUGUCAUUUCAGCAAGUAAAAGGGUUUCUGCGAAUCCAUGAAAGUCUCACAACAAACUGCUUCUUCCAUGUGGGCAGGCCUGAGAAGACGCAGCUUCUCUUUGCACUGCUCGGGAAUCAAUCUGAUGUGGGGAUGACGUUAUUGUUUUAUCAACACACUAACACUUUUUUGUUGUUGUUUUUAAACUUGUGAUGUUCUUUUGAUUUUUACUGAGAAUUUUUAAACUUUUUAUGAUUAGUUGCACUAUCACUGUGAAGGGUUUUGGAGUAUAUUUUACUGCCUCUGAUUAUUUUUAGGACAAUAGGAUAGACAAUUAUAUGACAUGACAUGGGAUUUGUGUAAAUUUGCUCUGCUCUUAGCUUUAUUUGUGGUAUGGAUGGCCCUGGCAUGAAUAAAUGUUUGACUGACAUGUAAGGGACAUACCACCAAACAUUGAAUGUUUGUUGAACCUCAAGAGACUUUGUUGUAACACAGGGAUCUUGAAAUAAAUCUGACAGACCAAAACUAAAAAAUUA